AUGGAGAACGACCGUGGCGAGAUCGUCGAUCUCUACGUCCCCCGCAAGUGCAGCGCUACCAACCGCAUCAUCAAGGCCAAGGAUCACGGCUCUGUCCAGAUCUCCAUUGCCAAGGUUGACGAGAACGGCCGUGCCGUCCCCGGCGAGAACCACGUCUACGCCCUCUGCGGCUUCGUCCGCGCCAUGGGCGAGUCCGACGACGCCAUGAACCGUCUGGCUCAGCGUGAUGGCCUCGUCAAGGCCGUCUGUGAAAGUUUGGGAUUGGUUUCGGGAAGGAUGCAUUUGUGGAACUUAGAGUUGGCCUGCAUUUAG